ACUUGCAGCAGCAGGCACAGGACUGUCAAUGAUAUUGUCAAUCAUAUAAAAAUAUUGACACUAGCACUUUUCAUCUGCCGAGCUUUCCGACUUCCUGAGUGCAUCCCUCGCUGAAAGAUUCCUUGCAACUGGGGACUCCUUCCGGACCAUCGCAUUCAGCUACCGUGUUGGUUGGUCCACAGUGGCGGGCGAGCAUUGUGUCCACAGUGGCGAAAGCCAUCUGGGAUGGUCUGGUUCAGGAGUACAUGCCUGUCCCCAAGGAGGAAGACUGGAGGGCCAUUGCGGAAGAGUUCAAGGAGAAGUGGAACUUUCUCUGCCUUGGAUCAAUCAAUGGAAAGCACAUGGUUAUCCAGGCACCACCAUGCUCUGGGUCCCAGUUUUACAACUACAAGGGGACCUAUUCCAUCGUCCUCUUGGCAUUGGUCGAUGCAAACUACUGGUUCAGAGUCAUCGACAUCGGUGCCAAUGGCAGGGCAAGUGAUGGAGGGACUCUCAGGGAGUCUGCCUUCGGCCGAGCUCUCCAAGAUGGCACUCUGGGGAUCCCACCACCAGCCACGCUCCCAGUUGCAGACCACUUGGGACCAGUCCUUUAUGUCUUUGUGGGAAACAAAGCCUUCCCCCUGAAGCCCAACCUCAUGAGGCUCUACGCAGGACCCCAGGAUCCAGGGAGUCCUCAAAGGAUCUUCAACUACCAGCUGUCUCGGGCCAGGUUGGUGGUGGAGUACACCUUCGGCACCUUCUCUGCCCUGUGGCGGAUGUACCGGCAGGUGCUCACACUGAAGCCGGAGAAUACCGAGGUCUGUGUGAAGGCUACCCGCGUCCUCCACAACUUCCUCAGAACAUCCCAGGGGUCCCUGAGGUCUCAGCGGUCGACACGGACGGAUGUGGGCGUUCCAAGCGGCGGAUUGUGAGAGGUCACUCGUGCUGGAGACAACUAUGCCACCAGGGAGGCGAAUCGAGUGAGGGAGACCCUGACCACCUACUUCUUCUCUCCAGCUGGUGCAGUCCCAUUUACAUUUACGUUUUCAUUUUCGUAAUUUAGCAGACGCUCUUAUCCAGAGCAACUUACAAAUUG